CCCCAUUGAACCAGAAUGGACCACUGCACACACAUAUAUUACAUGGGAGUGCUAUGCUGAGCUUUCCAAGUGACAUCCCCCUCCUAGUAUAAAUGCAACAAGUUGCCAAAAUAAUAUUUACCAAAACUCGCAGCCUAAAAUAAAUCAAUGGGGGAUUCUAGAGGAGGAAGCAAGGAAUUGAAAGAAGGGAAAGAUGAGGUGAGGUAUCGAGGUGUUAGGAGGAGGCCUUGGGGGAAAUUCGCCGCGGAGAUUCGCGAUUCGACGAAGCAGGGGCAGAGGCUCUGGCUGGGGACAUUUGUGACAGCAGAGGAGGCCGCGAGAGCUUAUGACAAAGCUGCGUAUUCAAUGAGAGGUGCAUUGGCUGUGCUGAAUUUUCCUGAUGAGUAUCCUCCUACUCUCUGCUCCUCUUCUGCGGCUGCCACCGUGUCAUCCUCUGCGGCGGCGUCUUCUAGCGGUGGCAGAGGGAAGGAGGUUUUUGAGUUCGAGUGCAUGGAUGAUCAGCUGCUGGAGGAUUUGCUUCAGUUCGAUGAGUACAAGAAACAUUAAAUUGGUGGAAUUUAGUAUUUUUUUUUCCAAGUCUGCAUUGUAGUAGCUGUUUUGUUUGUUAAUUUAGGCUGCUGAUUUGAUUGUCCAUAGAUGAAUAUGAUGAUCAGCCGUGAUGAUCUUGUGUCUGACAUGUUUAUGAUGUUAAAAUAAUAAUAAUAUGCUCGAAUACUUUUGCUGUUGAA